CCAGCCAUCCAAUUCAAUGGGACCUCUCCAAUCAAUUAGGUUGAAUUGGAAUGCCUGACCUGCUAAAGCCCUGGACCCCCAUUUGUUCUCCAUUUCAUUUCCCCGACAAGCCAGCAUCCGAUCCCCUCAGUUUCGUCUUGCAGAUUCUUUUGCUGCUGUGACUUGACUGCCGCCGCGUUUCAAGGCGCUUUGAGGCGUAUUUGUUGUUGAGUUUGGACAGUAUAACCAAGGCCAUACUGGUACAUCGAUUUUUGUCGGUGGCGUGGUUUCCGGGAAACACCCCGCAGCAAAAUAAACAAAUGAAAAGAAUGCCGAAAAGAACGUGGCAAGAAAGCAACCCGGUUCCCGAUGUUGCAGGGUCAUCUCCUCACGACCUGAAUGGCCAGAGCGGACCCCGAAAACUAAGUGCUUCUGGAUCUCCUGGCAGUGUGAAUUUGGGCCGCGCCCAGAGCAUCCGGAGGGACUCGGUAGAAACCCGUCCACAUCCGCUUCAGAAUCCACCCGUCUCGGCGCCGCCACCGGUCCCACAGCAGGUCGAGAUCUCGCGCAAGGUCAAAGCUUGUGCAGCAUGUCGAAAGCAAAAGAUACGAUGUCAUAUGGACCAGGGCACCCCUCCUUGCCGUCGCUGCAAGGAGAGGAAUCUUUCGUGCGUGUUGAGCAAGAGUCUUCAGAUGCUCAUGGAUGAACGUUCUCAGUGGCACCAAGACAUCAUUGCCGACCUAGAGAUGCUUCACGCAGGAGUGCAGAAUAUGCGAGACCACAGUGGCCUGCCGUCGCUGCCACCGCUACGCAGCUCCCUCGACCGACCUGGACCCGACAAUUUGACGUCUGCGAACCACCUGGAGCCGCAUCAUGAGGUAGAGGCCGGUCCAUCCACGGAUAACUCACCCAAACUUCUGCCACAAUCACCAGAUGUCCCCAUGCAGUCUGUAUACUACCUAACCAAGCUCAAGUCUUUGAGGGGAAAUGACGACGGAGACGGUACUCAAACGUCCGGCUCUCUUGAGCAUCAUCAACACGGUCACCGACUCUCGAGUGGCCCAGGGGCUGCACAAAAGCCAGGCACAAAUGCAGCGUCACUAAGGGACUUUAUCUCGGACGGGCAAAUAACUCUCGCCGACGCGCAAAAGUUGUUUGAGCUGUACGUCGACCGGUUGGACCACUUCAUCUACCGCAUCGGUUACGGCAGCAACUGCAAGUGGAAAACCUUGGACGACCUGCGUCGACAAAGCCCCCUGUUGACGGCAUGCAUCCUCACCGUCGCGGCCAUGCAUGAUUCUGGGAGCAACCGACUGUAUCCAAUAUGUAACCGGGAGUUCCGGCGACUAGUAUCUGGAUCAGUGUUCGACUCCGUCUUUGAGCGAAGGAUUAACCGUGACCACUUGAGGGCACUAUGCAUCGCAAGUUAUUGGCUCAGCGACGUCUCGUGGACACUGUCAGGAAUGGCCAUCCGUCUCGCUACCGAGGUCAACCUUGUGGCCAACUACCACCGCGUCGUCGCGCAUGGCCAGAAUCAAACCAUCAGUCCAGGACGCUCGGGGCAACCAAAUCUACAGCGGCAAGGGCAGACGCCCGAUAGCCAAGUGAGCAACAUCAACAAUACGAACAACAGGACGAGCAACCACGACGCAACAAACGACGGGAUGCUGACGGACUCGGCCGCCGCCGCUGCUGCACAAGACGCGGCCGACUGCAUGCGACUUUGGUACAACCUCUACAUUUGCGACAAGCAUCUUUCGAUUCUCUACGGCCGACCAUCGCUCGUCCGUGAGGACUUUUCCAUACAAGGCUGGGAGGACUUUUUGGCAUCUCCGGUGGCGACUGAUGACGACCGCAGGCUGAUCAGCCAGGUGGCGCUACACAUCAUUUUGACGGGCGUCCAUGAGCUGUUCGGCCCAGACAACGGAUCUGCCAUCCCGCUCGUUUACUCGUCGCAGAUUGCUAGUUUUAGUCGCCAGCUGGAUCAUUGGAUCGGGUACUGGUCCACCGUCUUGAAGAAGCAUUUCCAAGCAAUCGGCGAGUUCCCUGCAAAGGGUGCCCUUAUUCACUACCAUUUCGCCAAGCUGUAUCUCUUCAGUCACGUAUUUCGCGGUUUAACGCCAGGCGAGCCUAUCCCGGCCGUCUUCCGCAGCGCCGCAACAGGUGCCGUGACCGCCGCGACCACCAUUGUCGAGCUGCUGCUCAACGACCCGGACAUUGGCGAGGGGUUGAGAGGCAUGCCGUCAUAUUUGCAUGCCAUGACAGCCUUUGCUUGCGUUUUUCUCCUCAAGAUCGCGACCCGUCGACGCGAAGACGGGCUGGUCGAGGUGGGACUUGUCAGCGACCUGGCCGGCAGGUUAGUGGGCCGAUUCAGGGAGGUCAGGGUUGGGAAGUGGCACCUGGUCCACCUGAUGGCAGAUGGCUUGGCUAAAUCUGCCAAGAAGCUGCUACAAACCGUCGACGGCGGGUUCCACAUGCGUGUCGACGCCGCCAUGGUUGGAGAUGGGAGCAGUGAUCAAACUACACUGCCUCCCAGCGCCAUGUACGACGGGAUGCAGCCUCCGCAUCCCAACAGCGGUUUUGGUGAUGGGACGCUCGACGGCAGCAUGAACGGCGGCAUGGUCGAGACGCCAGUCAUGUUCAACAACGUGCUCAGCCCAGAUUUUGUGCUCGGCACUACAUCAUUUUUGGACUUCAACGGGGCCGUAGGGGGUCUGGAUUUUGGAUAUGAUCACAUGAAUUUCCCAUGAAGGGCAUUAAAUUGUCUAAAACUGAUCAAAAGCAAACAAAACAAAAACACACUCGUCAAGUAUGAAUCGCUAUAACAGCCCCUCGCUCUUGGCAAAGGCUUUGACCGUCUCCAAGAUGGGCACAUCAGCCGCAAGGCCCAUGCUCUGCGCCCUGGAUGUGUCCAUACUUGAGGGCCAGCUGCAGACAAUCUUUUCAAUCUUCUCGUCCCUCUCCUCCGUGACGAGCGCCCUCUUGUCCUUUCCGCCGACGGCCUCGAGCGCAUCCAGCAUCUCGCGCACCGUGACGGUUAUGCCGGGCAGGUUUACGGUGCGCCACAGGCCAAACUUCUCGGCCGGGACGUCCUUGACGGCGAUCAGGUUCUUGACCACGGUGGCCGGGGAAGCGACCCACAUCUCGAGGUCGAGCGGCACGGGCAGGGUGCUGGCCUGGUUCCGGAGCGGCUCGCGGAUGAUACCCGAGGCGAAGGACGAGGCGGCGGCCGAGGGGGCGCCGGGCCGGACGACGACGGUGGGGAGGCGCACGACGCGGCCGUCCAGCAGGCCGCGGCGAGAGUAGUCGUUGACCAGGGUCUCGACGAUGAGCUUCUCGGCGCCGUAGCUGCUCUGCGGGAUGGGGCAGGUCAACUCGGACACGACCUCGCCCGGGCCGGUGGGGCCGUAGACGGCCAAGCUGGAGGGGAAGAUGACCUUUGUGCCCGGGUGGGUCUUGCGCAGAAAGUCGAGGAUCUGCCUGUGGCUGUCGAGGUUGACGCGCAGACCCAACUCCAGGUUGGCCUCGGACCCGCCCGACAUGAGGCCGUGCAGCGUGUAGACUGCCGAAUACCUCUGGGCGAAGAUGGUGGCCACAGCCUCGGGGUUGGUCAGGUCGGACGCGACGCAGUUGAAGGUCACGUUGCUGCCCUGGCCGGCCGGGGUCGGCGGGACGGGCGGCUGGGUGAGAUCGGUCAGGGUUAUGGAUAUGUCGGACUGCUGUGCCAGGACGGCGGCGAGCUCCUGGCCGAUGAAGCCGGCGCCGCCUGUGAUGAGGAUGGAAGUCAUGAUGUGGACGGGGUGGAUGGGUGUAGACGGGGGGAGGGUGGUGAGGGUGGUGAGGAUGUGGGAAUGAAUGGUCGUUCUAGAGCUGGUUCCUGCCGGCUCGUAAUGAACUACAGACUAGAUAAAUGUCAAGUUGACAAAGUAUUCGGAUCAAGUCAAGACGGAAUUCACAAUGAGAGCGUAACAUAAAUUUUCCGGACAUGAGGCAUCUCAAAACCCGCCGCGAAUGACGCAGCGAGGCCUUCCCUCCGCAUUUCCAGGGGACCCCGCGGGGCAGUUGU